AUGCUCCUCGUGUCCACCAUAUCUGCUGUGCCUGGGCCUCUUUCGCCCCCUAGCUCUCCCAGCAACAGCAGCCAGGAGGAGCUACUGGAUGACCGAGACCCACUGCUAGUCCGGGCUGAACUGGCCCUGCUUUCUACUGUCUUUGUGGCUGUGGCCUUGAGCAAUGGCUUGGUGCUGGGAGCCCUAAUACGACGGGGCCGGCGUGGACGCUGGGCACCCAUGCAUGUCUUCAUUAGUCAUUUGUGCCUAGCUGACCUGGCUGUGGCUCUGUUUCAAGUGCUGCCCCAGCUGGCCUGGGAUGCCACUGACCGCUUCCAUGGUCCUGAUGCCCUGUGUCGGGCCGUCAAGUACCUGCAGAUGGUGGGCAUGUAUGCCUCCUCUUAUAUGAUCCUGGCCAUGACGCUAGACCGCCACCGCGCCAUCUGUCGCCCUAUGCUGGCAUAUCGCCAUGGAGGUGGGGCUCGCUGGAACCGGCCAGUGCUGGUGGCCUGGGCCUUCUCACUCCUUCUCAGCCUGCCUCAGCUCUUCAUUUUUGCUCAACGAGAUGUGGGAAAUGGCAGUGGAGUGUUUGAUUGCUGGGCCCGAUUUGCAGAGCCCUGGGGCCUUCGUGCCUACGUCACCUGGAUUGCCUUGAUGGUGUUUAUAGCACCUGCCCUGGGCAUUGCUGCCUGCCAGGUUCUUAUCUUCCGAGAGAUUCAUGCCAGUCUGGUGCCAGGGCCAUCUGAGAGAGCAGGGAGGCGCCGCAGAGGGCACCGGACAGGCAGUCCCACCGAGGGAGCCCAUGUGUCAGCAGCCAUGGCCAAGACUGUGAGGAUGACACUGGUGAUUGUGAUUGUCUACGUGCUGUGCUGGGCACCCUUCUUCCUUGUGCAGCUGUGGGCAGCGUGGGACCCAGAGGCUCCACUGGAAAGACCUCCCUUUGUGCUGCUCAUGCUGCUGGCUAGCCUUAACAGCUGUACCAACCCCUGGAUCUAUGCUUCCUUCAGUAGCAGCGUCUCCUCAGAGCUACGUAGCCUGCUUUGCUGUGCUCAGAGGCACAUCACACCCAGCCUGGGACCUCAAGAUGAGUCCUGUGCCACUGCCAGCUCUUCUCUGACCAAGGAUACACCCUUCUGA